UUUACAUAACUUAUCAUAGUAGAACGUGCGAGUACAAUACAGCAAUCUUCAAAAGAUAGCUUAUUUAUAUAACAGAAUAUUGAGGAUGGAAUGUUAGUAUAAUUGCAAACAACAAAGUCUUUGUUUUAGCUCAUAGAUUGAAGGUCGUCCACUCUUGACAGCAGUAAAUGUAAAAAGAAAAUUGCAUUUGAAUCUCAAGUUAAUAUUACACUGCUGUUGCUUUGCACAAGUUCUAUAGUGAAACGUUUUGAUUGGUUACUGCAUCUAUCAUUAAUAGUUUUUUCCAGAUAAUGAGAGCAACACAAAGCAUCACCAAAAUGAGUUGACGCUGAGUUGUUAGAUUAAAAAACCUGAGAAUAAUACGCUGCCACGAUGGAGUUCAUUUAUCCUGAGGUUUUGGCGUUCCUCUUACUUUUCCCCGCUGGAUUAUCAAAGGGAGUGUUCACGAACCUAUUGAUGGAAUCACUGUGCAUGAGUGUGAAAAACAUGAGCUACGACGUUUGCUCGCAUGUUGAGCUGAUUCCUGGUGAUGUGCAGAACAUCAUUCAGCCAGAAUUGAAUCGACUACUCAACUGGCAAGUGCUCAUAGAGACCAUCCUUCCUGCGUUCUGUGUCAUUUUUCUGGGACCAUGGAGUGAUUCUCACGGCAGGCGACCGCUUAUUCUCAUAUCAGUUCUAGGUCAAUUCCUCUAUUACUUCAUCUUAUCGGUACAAGUACUGUUCAAUGACUUAUUACCGGCAAGCUAUUAUCUUCUGCCGUCAAUACCUAUUGGACUCUCUGGCAGUUACUCUGUGUUGGUUCUCGCCAUUGUUUGCUCCAUCACCGACUUCACAACCACUGAGAAUAGAGCUGCCAAGAUGGGAACGUUCCAAGCCAGCUGCAUGGUUGGAUCUCUGAUAGCUCAGUUCCUAACAGCCAAGGUUUCCAAAGGUCCUCACGGCUUUCAAAUCACCUUCUUGAUUUGCGCAGUUGCAUGUUUCAUCAACCUGCUCUACGCCAUCAGGUUUGUGCCUGAAUCCGUCAACCUUACUCGGGUUAGUUGGAUACCUUAUUUUUCGUUUUCAAUAUUAUUAUAUUAUUCAAUUUUAGCUAGUUUACUUAUCUGAUUACACAGAUACAAU